AGUCCGGGGCAGACAUUCAGAAAAUGCACGUUGAAGGAUCGGGAGAUCCCUGCAAAGAUCACCCCGCGAAACAGGUGCCCUGUGCAUGAGCUUCGCGGACCCACCACCUUCAACCGAAUCGUCUUCGUUUUCUCGGAGGAAUCACUUUCCUCUCAUCUACCUGGGAGCCAUGGAGUGCUGAGGCUGUUGGCUGCAAAGCUGAGCAUUCGGAUCUAGCCCCCCAGCGGAGUAUCUGACCCGUCCGUUCCUGCCUGAGCAGAAUGCGCCCUGGUGUCUGAUGUUUUAUUUUACUCCAGCGAUGAUUCCCGAACACCAGAAUCAUGUUGUCACUACUAUUGAAACCAUUCCUCCCGAGACCAUCACUGCAUCGCCCACACUCCUGCAAAGGAUAAAGAAAGUAUUUAACAGGGAGCUGCUCCUCACUCUCGCCUUGGGGCAGGUCCUGUCGCUGCUCAUCUGCGGAAUCGGCCUGACGAGCAAGUACCUGGCAGACGAUUUCCACGCCAACACCCCCGUCUUUCAGAGCUUUCUCAACUACAUCCUGCUGUUCCUUGUCUACACCACCACGCUAGCAGUGAGACAAGGAGAGGAGAAUCUUCUGGCAAUAUUGAAGAGAAGAUGGUGGAAGUACAUGAUCCUGGGAUUGAUAGAUAUAGAAGCAAACUACCUGGUAAUCAAAGCAUACCAGUACACCACACUGACCAGUGUGCAGCUGUUAGACUGUUUUGUCAUCCCCGUGGUGCUGCUGCUGUCCUGGUUCUUCCUGCUGGUGAGGUACAAGGCCGUGCACUUUGUGGGCGUCGGGGUGUGUCUCCUGGGCAUAGGCUGCAUGGUGGGCGCUGACGUGCUGGUGGGCCGACAACAAGGCCUGGGGGACCACAAACUCCUGGGCGACCUGCUGGUCCUGGCCGGAGCCACUCUGUAUGGGAUCUCCAACGUCUGUGAGGAGUUCAUCGUCAAGAACCUCAGCAGGGUGGAGUUCCUGGGCAUGAUGGGACUUUUUGGCUCCUUCUUCAGCGGGAUUCAGCUAGCCAUAAUGGAACACAAGGAGCUGCUGAAGGUGGCGUGGGACUGGCAGAUAGGGUUCCUGUAUAUCGGAUUCAGCGCCUGCAUGUUCGGCCUGUAUAGCUUCAUGCCGGUGGUCAUCAAGAGGACCAGCGCCACCGCGGUCAACCUGUCCCUGCUGACCGCUGACCUGUACAGCCUCUUCUGCGGUCUGUUCCUGUUCCAGUACAAGUUUUCAGGACUGUACCUCCUCUCGUUCUUCAUCAUCGUCCUCGGGCUGGUGUUGUACGCCUCGUCCUCCACCUAUGUGGCCCAGGACCCUCGGGUCUACAAGCAGUUCCGCAACGCCGGGGGCCCCGCUACCGAAACGCCCACCGUGGGGCCCAUGGAGCCCUCCGUCACCUACACCAGUCUGGGGCAGGAGGUGGAAGAGGAGCCCAGGAUCAGGGUGGCCUGA